CGCCAGCCCCCCAUCGCCGCGUUUUCGCUCUGCCUCCUCCUCUCUCUUUUUUUUUUUUUUUUUUUUCCCUACAGCCCCCUCCUGGUUUUUCCACCCACGGGACGUCCGGUGUGGUGGUGGCAGCGAGCAGCAAAAGCAGCAAGAGCUCGUUUUGAUUCCCCCCCUUCAAGGUGCUUUGGAGAGACUGGUUUCAGGCUGAGCAGCAGAAGUCACGAUGAGUGCACAAGGUGAGGGACCCGGUCAGCCUUCCACUGCUGCCCAGGAGCAACCUGCAACCGCAGAGCCUCAGAAGAGAGGACGAGGCAGACCCAGGAAACAACCACAAGAACCAACUGGUGAACCAUCUCCUAAAAGACCAAGAGGAAGACCCAAAGGAAGCAAAAACAAGAGUCCCUCUAAAGCAGCUCAGAAGAAAGCAGAAGCCACUGGUGAAAAGCGACCUAGAGGCCGGCCCAGAAAAUGGCCUCAACAAGUGGUUCAAAAGAAGCCUGCUCAGGAAGAGACUGAAGAAACGUCCUCACAAGAAUCUGCAGAAGAAGACUAGGACAUCACACCAUGCAAUUUCUACCUCAUCAGCAGUUGGGUCUUUUGAAGGGAGAAGACACUGCCUUGACCACUUACUUUCUAUUGCCAUGGUCUUUCCACUUUUGCCUGGGGGAAAAAAAAAAUCACAUAACCUUAAAAAGGAUUUGACUAAUCAUCUUCUUUGUAAUCCCUUCACAGUCCCAGGUCUAGUGAAAAACUGCUGUAACACAAAGGGGACACAGAUUAACGAUGCAACUUUUAAUUACUGUUUUCUUUUUCCUAACCUACUAAUAGUUUGUUUGAGCUGCUAAGUAAGGGUGACUGGGUCAAGAAGAGCUCCAAAUCAGGUUUGUGUCAUUCACUGCACUGCGUGUAAACAAGAAACUUUUAACAUAGUCAUUGUAAUGGGCAUUGAAAUAGGAAAGGCUGGGUGUGUAACACUCAUGCCUUGCAACACUUCCAGCAACCCACUCCCUACUUAGUGAACUCCCUGUUUUUGAACACCAAAGAUAGGGGAUAGAUACUAUUCUUUUUCUUUUGUAACCUUCUUGUAGACUUUUACUUGAUUUUUUUUUUAAGACUUACUAUUAUUUUGGGAAAAAAAUGAAAACUGAUUUUUCAUUUCAUUCAGCUGGUAAUCAGAAGAAAGAAAUCAACAUGAAAAAGGUACUUUCAUUUUGCAAAAGGGAAGAAAGACAAAGAUACGUUGUAUAGUUUUAGAUACAAACAUAUCAGCACAAGCAGUAGUAAACCAAAUGAACAGACCUUAUCAUCUGGAUAAUAGGGAGCCAAGGAAUUGGCUUUCUUAGAGCCAGGAGUUUUCCAUGGAAAUAAGAAUGACUGACACCACUCUUAAGCCAUUAAUGAAUAAGUCUUUAUUGAUAAAAGUCUUUAAAAACAUACAGAAAGGUACCUAGAAAUUAAUCAUAAAUUUAUCUGAAGAAAAAUAAUCCAGAUUUUUGCUUAGUUUCUACUAAUUCCACUUGCCCUGUACCAGUAUUUUGAAAGAAUUGAAUCUUUCCUCAUUACUCAUCAGUCACAAUGUAAGAAUGAACACCAUGUACCUCAGCUAAGGUCGUGCAUUACAUUAAGCAAUGUAUUUUGACAUAGGAUGGUUCACUGAGCACCUCUGUGCCAGUGACAUUUCUCCAUCUUUUCAUUCAAAGCAGCACUUUUAGCACCAGAUGCAAUAUUACCCCACUAUUCAAUACUACCUCUGAUUUUUACAAAUAACUCAACAGACUGAUAAAUACAUGCUGCUAUACACAUUCAAUGCAGGAAAUUUUUACUGGGUAGAUAAUCAUGAGUAUCUGCAUUUUCCCCUUAUUUCUAUUUCAACCUUUUUUGCAGUUAAGGAAGCAAUGUCUUUUUUGUGUUUCAGCAUGACUAUGUGUUUUUCUUUCACUUGGUUUGUUUGAUUUUUCUCCUUUUUUUGUGUGGGUUUUUGGUUUUGGUUUUGUUUCGUUUUAUUUUAUGUACUUACUCUAUUCUCUGCUAGACUUCUGUGUAAUGUACUGUUAACUUGAAUAUAUUUUUGUAUUGAAUUGCUGAUAGGUUUGUGAGGAUAAUUUUCUUCAAGGACACUACAUGACAGAAAAAAUUUAGCUGUAAAGUUUAAAUAUUACUGUCCAAGUUUGUACCUCAAAUGAAUUGUUUAAAGAAAUGGACUAAUUGAUUGACAAAGACCUACCUCCAGACUUUAAAUGGAAUGAACUUGUUACUUUCAGCAUCAGUUUUGAGACGUUUGAAACAGUUAGGACUGCAACUAAUCCCUAAUUCAAAAUUAUUUUUGUAAAAUAACUUGUGGAAAAUGAACACAUUUUAAAUUACUUUCGUAUUAAAAAUAUUAAAAAAUGAACAAAAAAAACCUUCAAAGAAACUUGAAGCUUUGUAGGUGGGAAGCAACAAGCUCAGCUUUUGCAUAAUGCAAUCACAAAUAUGUGUUUUUAAAAAAAAAAAUUAGUAGAUUGUAAGAAAAUACUUGACAAGUAUUUUCGUGUAUUUUACACAAAUGUGAUUUUGUAAUAUGUUUCAGCCAGAUUUAUUUUAAAUGCUUCUUAUGUAGAGGUUUUUUAUUCUCUCCUCUCUCACUUUUGUUGUCCUUUCUCUCCCCCACCUCCAAUUUCAUUUUCUCUAUUUCUGUUUUAUUUCCCUUCUUCCUCUCUUUCCUAGUCAGAACUUUGUACCAUUGUAUUAAUAACUGGGCCAGGGGUAGUUUCUCAGGAAGGCGUCUGUUGGUAUGGCUUUAGCGUGGAGCCAAGUGCAGUUGAGGAUAACUGGCUUCUCCCAAGAGGCAGUGUCAAGGAACACGGACCUCCACGAAGCACCGCGCGGGGUUCAGUGGCUUGGAAAGAGCUGGUUGGAAUAUUGUAACUAGACAUGAUAAUAUCGAGUGAAAGAGAAAUAAUCCUAGCUAUAAGUAGCUCUAACAGGCCAAAUCCAGUGUCACUUGAAGGCAGUAAUAGGAAUUUUGCUGACUUCAAAGGGCAUCAAAACAUGCCUUAGCAAGUCCCUUUUGGGGUCUGAGGGGUUUUGUUGCAUUUGUUAAGCCACGGUAUUCAGUGGAUGACACAGAAAUAAUUGCUCUCUGUGUGUCACUCUUCAACCUCUAAGAGACUUACCACUCUGAUGAACUGAAUCUUACAUUUUCUAUAUAUUGUAGUACAAUCAAAACACAUUACUACCUCUUAGGGCCUACUAUACCUCAUUUUUUCAGACGGAAAAUUUGCAUGUGGCCAUUGAGUCAGUGAGAACAUCAUAAAAUUUUUUUAUAUAUAUAGUUUAUUUUUGUGGGAGAUAAAUUUUAUACGACUGUUCUAUGCUGUCAUUGGUCACUGCUAACUAUGACUGGACAUGUAACUCUUCUACCAUUUCUGCAAGAGAGGUGUGUUUGCAGGAAAAAAAAUUGCUUCGAGAUGUUGAACUACAAUUUGCUUUUCCUUUUGAGUGUCUUCUAACUUUUUGCUUUGUUCUUCAUGUAGAGUUGCUGUCUAUGAUUGUACUUCAAAUCGCUUGCUUGUUGAAAAUGUUCCUUUAAUGGUUUAUCACAGUCUGUUCAGCACAAUAAACAUAAUAGCCUCUGUGA